AUGGCACCACCAAUGCUGAGGCCGAAGAGAGAAUGCAGACGCAAAGUGAACUCGUUUUCUACCAAAGAGUCCAGUGUUGUCAAGAAGUUGAAGGAGUAUCCGACCUUGACCAAGACGCUGAGCGGCAAUCCAUCGCUUCUCAAGCCUUUCGAGAACAACCCUCAGCUUGUCAAGACGUUCGAGAGCUUGCAAAAGGACACGGCUCUAAUGGCGAGGAUGGAGAGUUUGAAAAAGAGUCCUUCCAUGGACAAGCUCAAUACGGUGAUCAGCAAGAAUCCGAGCGCGCUGACGGAGGAAAGAGUGGAGAAGCUUGGUGCGGCCGUGCUGAAGAAACGUUCUAGCAGAUUAUCAAGCGAAGACGAACGGGGCUUUUUGUACGCGUGCGGCACGAUGUUUUUAUUCACACUUGGCGCAACGAUUACACUCGCGCUAACCGCAGGAUCAAGGUUGUAG